AUGGCUCUGUACGCCAAAGCGCGCAGCUCGCACGAUGACAGCUCUCCGCCCAAACUGAAGGGAAAACAGUUCGUCCGGCUGGUUGUCCUCCUGUUCUUGGCUCUGCUUCCCAUCUUCGGUAUGGUGGUGCAAAAUGGACUAACCCUGCAAGAGUCAACCGCACUGAAAAGAUCCGGACAGGAGACCGGCAAAGAGAUCGUGUUCUCUACAGAGAUCGGCCACAUCGUUCACGACCUGGCACUGGAGAGGGGCGCAACAUCACUGUUCAUCAGCAGUGGAGGGGACACGGACAUAUACUACAGAUUGCUUCGUGUACAUGAGAAAACGGACGACUCUAUAGGAAGGUUGAGUCGAUGGCUGCCGUAUGAUAAACACUAUCCCGACAACUUCAACUCUUCUGAGGAGCUCAGGGCACACUUGGCGCAACACAGAAGCGACGUGUGGUUCAGACGGAACGAGACUUCAGUUGAAGAGCCUUCCCAGGAGAUCCAGUUCUACACAGACAUAAACAAGAUGUUGAUCCACAUCAUGUCUGCCACCCUGAGCCGCGCGGACACGUCUCACCUCUGGACGACCAUCGUGGCUUACCAGAUGCUGGUGGGAAGCAUCGAGAGCGCAAACCUGGAGCUGGACCUGGGCUGGACUUUCUUUAACAAAGAGGGGUUUACCACAGAGGAACUGAUCUUUUACGACGAGACUCUGGCCAUUGGAAACUCCCAACUCGAGAGCGCCAUCGUCUACAUCCACGCCGUGGAGGACAACUUAAAGAAACAGUUCCACGGCACUCCAGAAGAGAGGGAACUCACCAGGCUUCGCAAACAAAUCAAGGAAAACAAAGUCUCCAGCAACUCUGCUGAGGAUGGAGCGAAAUGGCUAGAAGUCAUGGAUGCAUACACUCACGUUUUAGAGGAGAUCGACCUGAAGCUAUCAGAGGAGGUCCUUGAAAUCAUCGACGGCAUUCUCCGGCAAAACGACGUACGGCUGAGUACGGGCUUCUCUGUACUGAUAGUGGUGGCCUGUAUAGGUCCAGUCAUAGUCCUGGGAGUGUACAAGAUGGCCAGUGAGUCUCAGGCUGUGGCAGCCAACCUGGAGAAAGUGACGACGAAGUUGGCAGACGAACAGAAGAAGUCAGAUAAGCUGCUGUACAGCGUCUUCCCGUCUAUCAUUGUGGAGUCUAUGAAGAAGGCAGACACGGUGCCGGCAGAGUACUUCGACCAAGCCACCAUCAUGUUUUCAGACGUAGUUGGUUUCACAGAGGCCACCGCCUCCCUGUCUCCACACAAGAUCAUAGAUCUGCUCAACCGCAUGGACCAGGUUUUUGAAGCCGUCUUCACUCGAUAUGAUGUAUACAAAGUCGAGACUAUGGCUGGGUCCUACAUGCUGGCCUCAGGUUUACCGACGAAGAACGGAGACCAACACGCGGAACAGAUCGCCUGCGCGGCGCUGCACCUGCUGUCAGCCGCCCGCGGCUUCCACCCCAUGCACAUCCCCUACCCCAUGGAAUUCCGCAUAGGCAUACAUACAGGCCCGUGUGUAGCCGGGGUUGUGGGCUCCAAGCGGCCCCGGUACUACGUCUUCGGGAACACCGUCAACGUCGCCCAAAGUCUGGAGCAGACCGCGCAACCAAGCAGGAUCCAGAUUUCUUCCUCGACGAGCGAGCUGCUUCUGUCGCUAGGGGGCGUAUUCAACAUGGAGCCCAGGGGCGAAGUCAGCAUCAAGGAGGGAGUGGCGAUGACGACAUACUGGCUGUCACAGGGGGAGGGCAGGAAAAUGAGCCACUGA